UGUUACAUCUGGCAUGCUAAUCAGUCGCCUUUUCAACCGUUAGUUCCGGGCAGCCCUGCAAAUGGUCGUAUCGUCGAAGGACCCGAGAGAGAACCUGGAGCGGUUCGCGAAGAUCGGCGAGGGCAGCACCGGCACCGUGUGCAUAGCGCAUGACAGAUCGACAGGCAGACAAGUGGCUGUGAAGAAGAUGGAUCUACGCAAACAGCAACGCAGAGAGUUGCUGUUCAACGAGGUGGUCAUCAUGAGGGAUUACCACCAUCCGAAUAUCGUCGAGAUGUUUGACAGUUAUUUAGUGAAUGAUGAACUGUGGGUGGUGAUGGAAUUCCUGGAAGGUGGCGCGCUGACGGACAUUGUGACGCACGCGCGAAUGGACGAAGAGCAAAUCGCCACCGUGUGCAAACAGUGUUUGAAAGCGUUGGCGUACUUACAUUCUCAAGGGGUCAUACAUCGCGAUAUCAAAUCGGAUUCGAUACUGCUAGCACUCGACGGGAGAGUGAAGCUGUCCGAUUUCGGUUUCUGUGCUCAGGUAUCCCAGGAGCUACCGAAACGCAAGUCUCUGGUUGGCACGCCGUAUUGGAUGUCUCCCGAAGUGAUAUCUCGGUUGCCUUACGGUCCCGAAGUUGACAUUUGGUCGUUGGGUAUAAUGGUGAUCGAGAUGGUGGACGGCGAGCCGCCGUUUUUCAACGAGCCGCCCUUGCAGGCGAUGAGGCGUAUCAGGGAGAUGCCGCCGCCGAAAUUGAAGAACGCCCAUAAGGUAUCCACGACUGCAAUCUUUCCUGGACAAAAUGCUGGUACGGGACCCAUCCCAAGGGCGACAGCCCAAGAAUUGCUCGCGCAUCCCUUCCUCCGUCAAGCAGGACCUCCUGCGCUCUUGGUGCCUCUAAUGAGAGGCGCCAAACAUACCAACUACAACUUAGUCGUUUCACACUUGAUACCAGUGAUUAGUCCCGAAAUGUGCCUUUAUUUUUUUACAUUCUGAUGUGAUUCGAUCCUCAUUUACUGAAACUGAAAGCCUGGACAAUAUUGAAAUAGACUGGCUAGGUAUUCGUUGCUCGUCUAGCAACAGUGAAGGGUUAGUCCUGAUUUGUGCCUUUUCUUCUUGAUGAGGUUCUACUUUUUGAACUAACAAACUAAAUCAAAACCAAGCGGUCUAUUAAACACAGGAAUUUCCUGCUAUUUUGUUAUAGGCAUCAACCUUUCAUUUAAAUUAUUUCGUUAACUGGCAGCUAUUUGGAAACAUGCAGAAUUCACGCCGGACAUAAAAUCUUUGUGAGCUAUUAAACAGGACCGUUAUAUGAAAUGUUAGAAGAUGUAAUCCUGAUUCUGCACAUUUAUAUCGAAUCAGUUUCAAUUAUUUUUAAAGGUAUUUUAUAUAGUAGGUAAGCUUUAAAUUAUAUAAAAUGUUACUCAAAACCAAAUAUCUUCUGUCGUUCGAUUAUACAGGGUGCUUCAGCCGUGCGAGGACCGAAAUUGCUCCUAAACAAAAACAAUCUAUUUUAACAGUCUAUAGAACUCGUCAAAGAAGUGACAUACCAAAAUCACCUACAGAAAGUUGCUUAAUAAGAGAUUUAGUUUACAUUACACAAAAAUUAUUGAAACAGAAUCAUCAAUUUCAGGGAAACGUUCCACGUCUUCGAAAAUAACAUCCUGGUGUCCACAAGCAUUUUCAAUGCGAUGUUGAAGUCUCUCGAGAUUAUUAUUGCUCAAUCAUGAUACACCAACACUCUAUUCAAAUAACCCCACAGACAAAAAAUCGCAAGGCAUUAAAUCCGGGGAGCGAGCAGGCCAAGAAAAUGAGUCCAUUGUCCAACUUUUCGUCGAAACUAUGGGAGAAUCCCCAUCAUAUAGGAACCUCAUAUUUAUUGUAUUUAUUUAUUUAUUUACCAAAUUUACGGCUGACCCCAUUUUUACAAAAUAAAAUCAGGAAAUGGAACAAAAAUUUACAACAUGCAAGCUCACAAGUCACAAUUAUAAAAAUCACAAUUUAAAGGUAAUUUGUAAAGCCUGAGAGUGUACAGGUAAAGAUGUCAAUAUUAGACUGAGCUAAAUUGAUAUCACGAAAAGCUCUAUCGAGUGGAGAUUGCUGACCAUAGGUUGUGGGAUGGAACUUAAUCGCAAUGUUCUACGAGGUACAUUAAGUUUUAUUAAUGUUAAUGUUUCGCAAUCGGUGAUCCCCAAUAAAAUCUUGAAAGCGAAACAACCAGCAAGACCAGGCGUCCUAUGCUCCAAAUGUCAGUUCUAUGAUAUUCCGUCAUAUUUAAGUUGCUCUUUAAUGCUAAGACGUAAAAAUUCAUACUGAACACCACAAACGAAUCCAAGAAAUUUUGUAAGACUCCAUAAAAUCUUUUCAACUGCCACAUUCACAUCUACAUGACAAAUAAUGCAUUCCGGUCACAUGAUGCUAAAUAAUCAUUGAUUGCAGUAAAGUUAGCAUUUGUAAAAUCGUAAAAGGACUCAUCAAAAUCAGACUACUACACUUUGUUAAAAUUGUAAAGUCAUAGGCUUUGUCUCACAUGUACAGGAGCAUCUUCUAAUAAUUGUGGCAGAGAUUGUGUUGAAGAAAAUCUAAAAUAAAUUUCACCGGCCAGUCGAGGAGGAAAUAAAGUAGGGUCCAAUAAGCGUGCCUUUUACCACGCCACACAGUGUGUUCCUUUAUAGGGAUCAGGACAAAAUUCGAUAUCUUAAAAACUAGUGGUCCUAUUGAAUCUGUAAACGCAGGGCGAUUACUUAUUUAAGUAGCGUUCUAAAGUAUGACAAAUUUUAUUUAAAAAUAAUAAGAAGGGGUGGGGGAGACAGGCGGGAUGCAUUUCGCAUAAAUCAUUUUUUUUUUUUGUAAAAGUCAAAAUAUUAAGUUGAUCAUCUCGAAUAAAUUGGGAUAAAGGUAGGAUAUAUUAUAGCAUUCUUAAGAGAGACAAAAAAGUCCACGCUUUUAUUUUUCAAGAUCUUUACCUAAUGAUUUAAAAGAUAAUGUAGCCAACUUGUGGCGGGCG